AACUGCAGUGCAGCGGUCGGCCCUUCCAUGAAUUUAUAAGUUCUGGAUUAUUAGGUGACUAGGGCGCCGAUAAAGUACUCUACAACAGAAUCCAAAAUUCCUAAUCAAAUCUAAAAUCACUCUGUCUUGAGCCGCUUUUCUCCUAAUCUCCUCUUCAAUGGCGGACGCCGCCUCGUCUCCGGCACUCCUGGAUCCAACUUCCCGACCCUUCAAACCUGAACCCGAAAACCCGAAUCAACAAUCCGAUCCACCUCCCAGUACCGCGACACCACCCCCGCCACCAGAAUCAUUGACACCUCUCACAUCUAACUCUGGCAGUAUCCCGCCACUGGUAUCUCCGCAGCCUCCCGUGAUAACUUCUUACGCUCCUCCCCCGCUCUCCGGAGGCAACACCGCUGUUCUGCCGGCUGUACCGUCUUUCCGUUCUGUUCCGCAGUUUUCUCCCCUUCAGAAUUAUCAAAACCCUGGGGUGCCGCCGCCUGGUGUGAGUGCUGCUCCGGUUUUGGUUCCCGGUUCCGUUCGGACGCCAAUGAUGCCGUAUCAGUUCCCGCCGGGUCAGGCUCCGAAUCAUGCGUUGAGACCAUUUGUCCCUGUGCCUAAUGGAUAUGCAGCCAUGCCGGGAGCUGCUGCUCAGGGAGUCAUGCCUCUUCCGGGUGGGUUAUUCUAUCUCUCUCACUUUGCUGAUUCUUAUGUGCAUAUUCUUGAAAAUGUGUGUAUAGAACAAUCUCUUAUGUAAAUCUUUGGUUUUUAUAUUUUGGUCGUUUGUUUCUUUGUCAUUGAAUUAUGGAAUAUUUUUCUGUUGUGACAUCUUAUCGUGGAACUUGUAUGAACAUGGUAAAGGUUCCAUGAUAUAUUGCUUAACGGAAACGAUGUAUUGUUUAUGAUUGAUGAUACAUGCAUGUUGCAUUGUCGGGGAAGAGUUGAUUUAAGAGGAAAUGGGUGAGAUAUAAAAUUUGGUCUUGGUUAGAAAAGGGAUAUCUAUGACAGGAUGUUUUCUCCUACAGUGUCUUGAUUGAAUACGGUGAGAAAGGUUGGAAGGCUUCAAAUCAAUAUUGCUUAAGAGACCCACUUCCACAGGUCCCUUUUUUUGGUAUGCUCGGUCUCCUUAAUUGUAUUUAGAGUAAAACAUAAAUUUAAUAUUCUAGCACUUUAUCAGGCUAAAAUGUUCAAUUCAAUACAAAAGUUAAACAAGAUAAAAUAAUUCUAACAAGUAGUUAUUCCUUUUGUAAUUCUAAAUCAUGUGUGCCUUUGUCAUGUUCAUUUAU